AUGCUCGGCAGAGCCGCCGUGGCCAGCGUUCAGCCAGAUGAUCCGUCAAGGCCGCGCUUCGGGCGCCUGGCCUUGGCCACGGGCGCCUUUUUGGGCUUCGCGGUCCUGAGUCUCGUCUUGGCUCCGUCCCUGCCGACGCUUUGGGCAAGGGUGUCGGACGUGAGCGUCAAGGCAGAAAGCUGGGAGCAGCUUCCUGGAAUCGAGAGAGCGAUGAAAAAAGCACAAAGCAUGCAGCCCGUUCGCCCGCUUCGUAGCCUCAACGAUCUUUUUUUCGACUCGCAGCCGGAAGAGGUUCCCUGGAUCAAGACCGAGUGCGUGGUCGACUCUGUCCAGGCGAUGGCUUACCUCGGUGAAGCGAUCACCUUCCUGUAUCGUGCGAUAGACUCACCAGAGCGUCGCUGCCCCGAAACCUCUGCCGCCGGCUGUGCGAUGAGCGUGGCCGGCUUCGUGACGUCCAUUACGUGGGUGAGCUCCUUCCUUGCUCUCACGGCCAAUGCCUGUGGCAAGGCCAUCAACACCGGUGCCUUGUGCAGUGGCGAUUUCCUAGCGCUGAUGGCGAAUUUUGCUGAACUGGCCACCGCCGCGGCAGCGAUCGAAAACGAUUGCGAUCGCGCGCCAGCUGCUGUAGACUACCUGCUGCGGGAGGACAAGACGGAAGAGGAAAAGCCCAAAUGGCACGAGUUCAUCCCAGCCGGAGCCGGGCCCACUGUGGAGAAGAUCCACAAAGUGCAAGAGCACAAACGGUUCACUCGCAACCGCGAUUUCGACUACUUCCAAUGCUCCAUGGAUGUGACGCAAGCGGCUUCCUUCCUCAUCCGGGCCGUCAUGCAGAUUAGGACGGCCUCCAUCGCCUGCCCAGAUCCAACGGCCUGCGCCAUCAACAUUCUGAACAUUAUCUCAAGUUUUGCAGCCAUCGCGCAGUUCACGCUCUUCGCCACCGCCGACUGCACUGUUACUGGGUAUCACAAGAUCGAGUGUGCAGCGGACAUCGUGGACGUGGUCGUGGACUUGACGAAUGGGCCAGCAGCUGGCUUGGCGACAACCUCCGACUGCCAGGAGAUCCCCGACCUUUCAGAAAUUGAUGAGAUCGGACCCCGUGACUAA